AUUUGUUUUUUACUAUUUAUAUGGACCGGCCUCGCCGAGGCGUCCACGGCCAUGUUCGCGGCGCUGCACGAGCUCUUCGACAAGUGCAGCGUCCGGCACGUGGGAGUGCUGGUGGUCAACUGCAGCCUCUUCAACCCGACGCCGUCGUUGUCGGCCAUGAUCGUGAACCACUACGAGAUGCGCGGGAACAUCCUGAGCUACAACCUGGGCGGCAUGGGCUGCAGCGCGGGGGUCAUCGCCGUCGACCUGCCCCGCGACAUGCUGCAGGCCAGCGGCGCGGGCCUAGCCGUGGUGGUCAGCACGGAGGCCGUCUCCUUCACGUGGUACCCCGGAAGGCGCCGCUCCAUGCUCAUCCUCAACGCCUUCUUCCGGGCCGGGUGCGACUGCGCGGCGGUGCUGCUGUCCAACAGCCGCCGCGACUUCCACCGCGCCAAGUACCAGCUGGAGCACGUGGCGACGCACAAGGCCGCCGACGACCGCGCCUUCCGCUCCGUGUACCAGGAGGAGGAUGUGGUGCAGCGCAACCUGAACAUAAACCGCGACCUGCUGGAGGUGGGUGGGCACGGGCACGCGCUCAAGACCAACAUCACCACCCGGGGGCCCCUGGUGCUGCCGUUCUCCGAGCAGUUGCUCUUCUUCGCGGGCGUGCUGUUCCGCCACCUGUUCCCGUCCAAGGCCUCGACCCCAGCGCCGACGACCGCGCCCGGGGAUGCCUCGGCCGCCGCGCCCUACAUCCCGGACUUCAAGCGCGCGUUCGAGAACUUCUGCAUGCACGCGGCCAGCGGCGACGUGCUGGAGCACCUGCAGAGCAACCUUAGCCUGCGCAACGCCGACCUGAAGGCCUUGCAUAAAUUUUCAUUGGAAAAAGAAAAAAAAAUCUGA